AAGCAACUGGAAUGAUACUAAAGUGAAAAUGACGGGUUACCCAUCUUUUGUUAUGAAAGGCAAAUUUCAUAACCACUGUGAGACGCCUUGAUAAAGGACUUAACAGUCAUAUUAUUGCUUCCCAUCCAAUCCAAGUAGUACAGAUCACUGGCUUGACAUAUGCUAUUUUAAAUGAAACAUCAGCCCUCAGCAUGACAGUUGUUCCCGUCAGUACGUAACGCUUUUACAGGACAGAUCAAGGUCGCAUGCCAAAGUGAAAUUCCUGUCAAAGGAGCAUUCUUCAUCACAUCAGGGAAGCUUUCAAGUGAGACAAGAAUCGAUAACCAGAAUGUAGUAGAUAAAACCAAAAUUAAAUACAGUGACUAUUUGAUAAGUACUAAAGAAGCUAAUAGUCUAUCAUUUACAAUAGAGAAUACAGACGGUGCCAGCGGCAUAAUGAAAUGUGACGAUCAAGCAACCAUGCCAACCUCUGUUAUCUUCAACGAGAAUGUCGACAAUACUCAAGUAUUUUCUCCAAAUUAUAAUGGAGGCACUUGUUAUGAGGGUGGGAAAGCGAGUACAGUAUUCGACUCCUCAAUGAGCAGCUCAGCACCCUACACGCUUAGUCUUCUAGAUCAUCCAGAACAUGUUUUACAGAUGAGAGUUAAAGUAUGUGGCGAAGCUGCAUUACAAUUCUUCAUGAAUGACGGUGACCUCACGAAUUCUGUGUUCCUUACAGUAACACAUACUCAGGUGACAAUCACCAAAUGUUUAGUGGAUUGUGGAACGGGUCAGGCGGCAGUUAUAAGCGAUACUAAACGAUUUAAUUCUGAAGACAGUGCAAAGUGGAAUUGUAAAACGGACAUGGCUUUUUUCUGGUUUACUCAAAAGACUGAGGCUUCAAAAAACUAUUUUUGCUUCGGGAUUGGCAAAUACGACGACACCAAAUGCACGGGAAAUGAAACAGAAAGCUUCUUCGAAGUAUCUAGUCCGUUUAAAAUGAUUAAAUUGAUGGGUGUAGCAUCCGACGCAGCCUUUAAUUGGGAUUUCAUUGAUAAAGCAGGGUGUGAUGUUUACGAAUCAGACUGGCGGUGUAUCGGAUAG